AUGGGCAUCGAAGCGAGUCCGCGCCUGCUGCCUAAAGAGUAUCCGAGACUGUCACAUGCGCGAAAGGCUGCUGUGUUUGUCAUUGUUGUCGAUGGCGGCGAGGUCCUUCCGUUUGAGGCCAGGUCGGCGUCGCACGCUGCGGCCCUCGUGGCCGAGCUCGCCCGGUGGAUGGCCGAUGAGGCUGCUGCCGAUGAGGAGAGUGAGGUUGAGAUUGAGAUUUUCUCCAUGAGCAGCGAUGAGGUGGCGCGGCUGUUGGGUGACGAUUCAUCGUACGAAACGACCAUGGUUUGGGUCGACGAUGCCGGCCACGAGGUCGAGAUCACUGACGCCAACCGCGACGAGUACGUGCUGUCGGACAGAGUCAUUGAUGACGGCUCCAUCCGCCCGGCAGGUGUCUACUUUCAUGAUGCGGUUGUGCCGGAAAAGGUGUACGUCGGCGACGUCUCGACCGACGACGAGCUGGAGACGGUGGUCUGGGUCGACGCAGCGAGCGGCAAGGUGUACACGCCGGCAGCAGCGGCGGCAGCAGCAAUGGCUGAUGACGCUGAGCUUGAUGGUUACGAUUUGACCGUGCCGUCGGGCGAGGCAGUGUACAUUCCGGGAGCCGCAUACAAGCCGCACACAGCCGGCGAGGCUGCGUUGGCGGAGGCGGCUGCGGCGCUGCUAGACGACGUCGCCGGCAUCGAUGGCAACGGAGAGCCUGCGCGGCGGGCGCUGGUCAAGAUUGACGGCGACCCGUUGUACUCUGAGCUUGUGGUGGAGCCAAUCAUGUCGUUUGGUGGCCUGGCGGCGGCGGCGACGACGGCGCUGCACCUUGACGGCGCGCUGCCGGUGACCCACGCAGUGGUAGGCUUGGCGCGGCUGCGGUCCGGGCAGUCGACGCUGCCGCUAAAGGUCGGCGAGCCUGUCAAGAUCCGUGUUGGUGACAAGUUUGUGGCUGCAGUGACUUCGGUCGAGUGA